AUGAUAGCCGAGCCCAACGCAGCUAGUAACCUUCCCAGCCAAAAAGAGAAUGCUGUCCAUGAUGAGACUGUGCCCGAGUCUGCUGCUCAGAAUGGCACCUGUGUGAGAAAUGGCAACCUGAAAACACCUAGAGAGAAGCGGAAGGUCCGAGAACAGUGUGAGAACAUAAGGAGGAAUUCUGCCGGUAGCAGAAGAGUGAGCCAGCUGCAGAAUGGCGAAGUGGUUGAGGCAGUUACCUUGUUUGAAGUGGUUAGCAUGGGGAAGCAGGCCAUGCAGUCUGUAGUAGUUGAUUGGGUUGAAGCUUAUAAACAAGACAGGAAUGUGGCACUUUUGGAUCUCAUCAACUUCUUCAUUCAGUGCUCAGGCUGUCAAGGCAUGGUAACAGCAGAGAUGUUUCAAAGUUUGUACAAGAAGGAUGUCAUGCGAAAAAUGACAGAGACCUUUGAUAAGGAAACUGGGUUGCAGUAUAAGAAAUUCAUGGCCUAUCCUUGGAUCCUGACAGUUACUUGGCCAGUGAACAUGGACAAUGAAGACUACCCGCUGAUCAGAUCAGGACCCUAUUGGAAGAAGUUCAAGGCCAAUUUCUGUGAAUUUAUUGCAGUGCUUGUCCAGCAGUGCCAGUGCAGCAUCCUGUAUGAUAACUACUUGAUGGACACUAUCAUCUCACUGCUUACAGGUUUAGCAGAUUCCAUGGUCAGAGCGUUCAGGCACACAAGCACUUUGGCAGCAAUGAAACUUCUGACAGCAGUUGUAAAUGUCCAUCUGAACCUUGAUAUCAACAAGCACAAUGCUCAAAGAUUGUAUGAGGUGGAGAAGAAGAGGAUAAGUGGCAAGAGGACCAGUUACAGACUUGAUCAGCUAGAGAGAAAAAGGAAAGAGUAUGAGCAUAAGCUUCUAGAGAUACAGAACAUGAUGAAUGCCAUUUUCAAAGGGACAUUUCUAAACCGUUACCGUGAUGUUAUCCCUGAGAUCAGAGCAACUUGCAUUGAAGAAAUUGGCAGCUGGAUUAAAACAUACCCAGAUGCUUUUUUGAAUGACAGCUACUUAAAAUAUGUUGGGUGGAUGCUGUAUGAUAAGCAAGCUGAAGUGCGGUUGAAGUGUCUUCUGGGACUGCAGGGAAUUUAUAGCAGAAAAGAACUUGCUUCCAGGAUGGAUCUCUUUACUAACAGAUUCAAGGAUCGAAUUGUGUCCAUGCCUCUGGACAAGGACCAUGAAGUAGCAGUUCAAGCCAUGAAACUCUUGAUGCUUAUGUCACAGAACUGUGAGGAUGUGUUAUCAGCUGAAGACUGUGAAAUGUUAUACCAGUUUGUUUAUACCACUCACCGUCCGCUUGCAGUAGCAGCUGGGGAAUUCCUCUAUAAAAGGCUGCUUAGUCAUGAGGGAGGUAAAGAAGUUCAGCCCAAAGGAGGAGGAAAGUUUGGGGUGAGCACUGACCAAUUGAAAAGAUUAAUACACUUCUUCCUGGAGAGUGAGCUACACAAACAUGUUGUGUACCUAGUGGACAGCUUGUGGGACUGGGCAGGCAAAUUCCUGAAGGACUGGGAGUGCAUGACCACUCUUCUAUUAAAAAAUGCUGAAGAAGCUGGAGAAGCACUGAGCGAUGCCCAGGAAAGUACUCUCAUCGAAAUCAUGCUUGCAUCAGUCAGAGAAGCAGCUGAAGGUCAUCCUCCAGUGGGCAGAGGUGCAGCCAAAAAAAUUUUGUCAAUAAAAGAGAAGAAAAUCCAAUUGGAAGAUUGUACCAAAAUUACUGAACACUUUAUUCUGGUGCUUCCUCAGCUCUUGGCAAAGUAUUCAACAGAUGCACAAAAAGUGGCAAAUCUUCUGCAGAUUCCUCAGUAUUACGAUUUAAAUGUUUACAGUACAGGACGUCUAGAGAAGCAUUUGGAUGUUUUGCUGAGAGAGAUAAAAGACAUUGUGGCCAAACACUCUGACAUGUCUGUCCUCGAGGCUUCCUCCAGGACUUACUAUAUCCUCUGCCAUGAAGAAAUUGCCAUCUAUAGCCAGGUGGAUUGUGCUCGAACUCAAAUGAUAGAUGAGUUGAUCAAACACCUUAACCAGCUACUAGAUUGCUUCUGGCAAAAGGAAGGAGGAUUUUGUACGGACACAGGAGAAAUUUCCCGGAUGCACUCUACUUUGAGAAGAGUGGCGGCUUUUCAUAAUGCUCAUGAUCUCACCAAGUGGAAUCUGUAUGACAAGAUUUUAAGGUUCCUCAUGUUUGAAAUGGAACAUGGCAGUUUGCCUGUUCUGAUUAUCCUACCAGCUCUCCAGUGCACAUAUUUUUCUCUCCUGUGGCAACUAGCUGCAGUUUCAGAAAAUUCUCCCAAGACUCUUUUUCCACUAAGAAGGGAGCUGAGACGUUUCAGUCAGAUUUGCACAUGCUUCCUCCACCAUAAGGAAAAAGAUGUAAGAGAAAAGGCCUUCAUGAUACUCUGUGACUGGUUGCUGAUUUUGAGUCACCUGGAUUCAAAUAAUAAUGAAGAUACAGUUGGAAUUCUAGGUUAUCUUCCUAACACAUCACUUCAGGAAAAACUGUUUUCAUUUAUCCAGGACCACGUUUUCAUGGAUGAAGAAGAGGAAAAAAAAGAUCUGACAGAAGAGGGAAAGGAUGAAACUUGCAAACUUGAUGACUUGCACAAAAAGCGGAGUCUUCUGGCAGCAUAUUGCAAGUUAAUAGUGUAUAAUGUGGUAGAGAUGACUGCAGCCGCUGAGAUCUAUAAGUAUUAUGUGAAGACCUACAGUGAUUUUGGAGACAUAAUUAAAGAAACGUUAAGCAAGAUGAGGUACAAUAACAAAAUUCAGAGUGCCAAGACACUGAUUCUCUGUCUGCAGCAGCUGUUUCAGACACAUGCAGAAAGCCAAGACAGCAGUAGUGGUGUGGACUUCUCCUCUCCUUCCUUUGCAAACAUCAAAGAACUUGCUCGUCGCUUUUCACUAACAUUUGGUUGGGACCAAGUGAAAUCUAGAGAGUCUAUAGCCAUGAUACACAAGGAAGGUAUUGAAUUUGCUUUUCAAGGAGCUACUGGAGUAGAUGGAAAAUGCUUGCCUCCUAACUUGAGCUUUCUGUUAAUCAUCAGUGAAUUUUCCAACAAGCUGCUAAAGCCAGACAAAAGACUAGUGUAUAGUUACUUACAGAGGUACAUAACAGAGCCACUGCCCUGCAGAGGAGAUGAAUGGCAACCCUUGGUCUUGUACAGAAACUCUUUAUUGGCAAAUGAAGAUGAGGAGAGCCCUGUCCUUGGCAGUUUGGGAGAGUGGCCCCCCAUGGGCUCAUCUAAGACAUCUUCUUUUAAAAGGAAAUUGUCUGAUGGGUCUUUGCCUGAAACCAGCCAGACUGAAGCAGCAAGCAAAGCCCCAGAACAGCAGUGUGCUUCCCAGCUUCCCCCUGCAGUAGGGAAAAGCAGAAAGAGGCUGAAGUCUCAAGAGAUGUGCUUGCAGGAACAUUUGCCAUUCCUUUGUCCAGGAGGGCUGCGUAGAAGAUACUGCAAAGAUGAGGUUAAGACAGAAGAUGUCUCUGAGGAGGGUCCAGCAGACGACACAGUUGAAGAUGUUGAUGUUGUUGGUACAGACCAGGAUGGUUAAGACACUGAGAGGAUGAACAGAAAUGAAGCACAUGCUAUGUUGUUUCUGCAAAUUGUUUAACUUGUCAAUGUGGUGUGAGAGCAUCAACUGAGGUGGCAGGAGACAUGGAUCCAG